AUGAACGUCAGCAACGACGCCCGCAGCAACAGUCGUCCCUCGGGCCAGCGAACCACCUAUGUUCCGCCGCAUCUAAGGAACCAGGCCCCCCCGCCCUCUUCUCAGCGCAGCAACACCGACAGCUGGGAUGCCCCUAUUCGCUCCAACAAUCGCCCGAACGGAUGGGGUGCCGCUUCGGAGAGUGGAUACAGCCGCGGCUGGCAAAACGAUCAGUCAGGCCCGCGUCAUUCCUCCAGCGGCGGUGGCGGCGGAUGGAACGAGCGUGCUUCCUCGGGCGGCUAUGGUGGUCGUCGCAACGAUGGCCCCUCCUCGGGCCACUCUCGCUUUGAUCGCGAUGUCGGCACUUUCAAGAACGGAGUCCAGACGCCUGCCCAGCGUAACCCUCGUCUGGAACGUGAGCUGUUCGGCAGCGAGGACAAGGAGCGUCAAGGCACCGGGAUCAACUUUGAGAAAUACGACGACAUCCCUGUGGAGGCUUCAGGACACGAUGUUCCCGAGCCAGUCCUGGCCUUCACCAGCCCUCCUCUGGAUCCCUUGCUUCUCGAAAACAUUGAGCUCGCCAGAUACACCCAGCCGACGCCCGUCCAAAAAUAUUCGAUCCCAAUCGUCGCAUCUGAUCGUGAUCUGAUGGCUUGCGCACAGACCGGCUCUGGCAAGACAGGCGGCUUCCUAUUCCCUAUUCUCUCGGAGCUCUUCAAGCGUGGUCCCAGCCCUUUGCCCGAGCAGCAAGGCAUGAGUCGAUCUCGCAAGGCUUACCCAACAACACUCAUUCUCGCCCCCACGCGCGAGUUGGCCUCUCAAAUCUGGGAAGAAUCACGCAAAUUUGCCUACCGCUCCUGGGUCCGCUCCUGUGUUGUUUACGGUGGUGCCGAUAUCAGUCAGCAGCUUCGCCAAAUUGACAGAGGAUGUGACUUGCUCACUGCCACGCCAGGGCGCCUUGUGGAUCUGAUCGAAAGAGGUCGUGUCUCCUUGGCGAACGUCAAGUACCUUGUUUUGGAUGAGGCCGAUCGCAUGCUUGACAUGGGUUUCGAACCUCAGAUCAGACGUCUAGUCGAAAAGGAGGACAUGCCCGGAGUCAACGAUCGCCAUACUCUCAUGUUUUCGGCCACCUUCCCUCGCGACAUCCAGCAUCUUGCCAGAGAUUUCUUGCGCGACUACAUCUUCCUGUCCGUCGGUCGAGUCGGCUCUACCUCAGAGAAUAUUACCCAAAAGAUCGAAUACGUCGAGGAUGGGGACAAGCGCUCGGUCUUGCUCGACAUUCUCCAUGCGCAGCCCAAGGGCGACGCGGGCCUUACACUAAUCUUUGUCGAAACCAAGCGCAUGGCUGACACGCUUUCCGACUUUUUGCUUGGUCAAAACUUUCCUGCCACUUCAAUCCAUGGCGACCGCACCCAGCAAGAGCGCGAGCGUGCCUUGGACAUGUUCAGGUCUGGACGAUGUCCCAUUAUGGUGGCGACUGCCGUCGCUGCCCGUGGUCUAGAUAUUCCCAAUGUGACCCACGUCGUCAGCUAUGAUCUGCCCACGGAUAUCGACGACUAUGUCCACCGAAUCGGUCGCACUGGUCGUGCAGGAAAUACAGGAAUGGCGACAGCUUUCCUCAAUCGCGGCAACAAGGGCGUUGUCAGUGACCUGAUCGACUUGUUGAAGGAGGCGAACCAAGAAGUUCCCGGCUGGCUCGAAACCUUGGCUAGAGAGUCUUCCUACGGCAGCAGUGGAGGGCGGGGUCGUGGACGCGGUCGCGGUCGCGGCGGCUCUCAUUCAGGUGGUCGUGAUUACCGCAAGUAUGGGGGCGGUGGAGGAUCUUCUGGGCAUGAUCACUGGGGCGGCGGCGGCGGCGGCGGUGGUGGUGGUGGUGGUUACAGUGGCGGCUAUGGAGGACAUACUGGAGGCGGCGGCAACUACUCCAACAAGGACAGUUGGUUUUAA